AUGACGAAUGCCCCAAGUCGCGCGGGAACUACGCUUCCCAGCGGCCCUGGCGCUACUGGGAGGAUGGGCCGCGGCGGUUUCGGCGCCAUGGGGCUGCUGGGUGGGCUGCUGGUUGCGUCGCGGGUCCCGCUGGGCCGGGCGCGGGGCUGCAGCUCGUGGUCCGGCCUAGAGGGCCCCGCGCGCACGCGCUCCUAUUGGCGGUACCUGAGGCGCCUGGUAUGGGGCGCGCCGCAGCCGCCAUACACGCGCGUGUGUCAGGUCGGGGACCCGGUGCUGCGCGCCGUGGCGGCCCCGGUGGAGCCCGCACAGCUGGCGGGGCCGGAGCUGCAGCAGCUGGUGGGGCGGCUGGUGCAGGUGAUGCGGCGGCGCGGUUGCGUGGGCCUGAGUGCGCCGCAGCUGGGGGUGCCGCUGCAAGUGCUGGCGCUCGAGUUCCCCGACGCGCUCUUCCGGGCCUUCUCACCACGCCUGCGCGAGCUGCGCCAGAUGGAGCCCUUUCCGCUUCGCGUGCUGGUGAACCCCAGCCUGAGGGUGCUGGACAGCCGCUUGGUCACCUUCCCCGAGGGCUGCGAGAGUGUCGCUGGCUUCCUGGCGUGUGUGCCUCGCUUCCAGGCGGUGCAGAUCUCAGGACUGAACCCAAGAGGAGAGCCAGUGGUGUGGUCAGCAAAUGGGUGGACAGCCCGGAUCAUCCAGCAUGAGAUGGAUCACUUGCAGGGUUGCUUGUUCAUUGACAAAAUGGACAGUGGGACAUUUACCAAUCUCCACUGGAUGGAGGUGAAUGACUGAAGCUCUGUCCUGAAAACUGGCAUGCGGACACUUGGUGUUAAGAUGAGCACAUCUUUUUGUGCUUCAACUUGGAAUUGUUCCAACCUGACAGUAAACAGUGGACUGCUGGUAUGUGCUGAACUGAGAUAAAGGAAGAUGGUGGGGAUUGCUGGUCCUGAAUCAGAUUUGGACAGAGUUCUGUUACAGCGUGAAUAGAAAUACUGAAGAGGGAGUGGGUAUUUCCCGACAAUUUUGCAUGGAAAGAAGUGGGCAGGUAAACACUCUCAGUACAGGCGACUUCACGAGGCAUGUAUAUUCUGCCCCCACAGCCAAUGCUUCGUAAUAAUGUAGUCCAGAUAUCUGAAAGUUGUUUUAACAUACAGGUAAAGUUGGGGUGUGGUGGCACACAUUUAAUUCCUGCACUCUGGGGGCAGAGGCAGGCUGAUGUUUGAGGCCACCCAGAGAUACAUUAAUUACAUAGUGAGACUAUCUCAAAAAAAGAAAAAGAAAAAAGUUAGCUCAAAUCAGGAAGCGAUGUCUUGACAAUUAAAGAGUACUUGCUUUUCA